AUAUUAAGUCUUUAAAUAAAUAAAGAAAAAACAAACAGAGAAAAUAUAUUCAAUAGAGGUGACGGGUCAGGAACGGUGCUCAAAUCAAUUAAAUAUGUUCUUGCAUUAAUUAAUUAGGAUUAGGAGUCGACUGGUCCGCACGGCUCAAAAAGUCUUUAAUGUGGUGGAGGUUUCCAAGUCUGCCGUGCUCGGAUAGAAUUGGAGAAUGGAGCUUCUUUCUUCUGCUUCUGUGCUGGCUGUUGCUCACUUCUGCUUCAUCUUCUUCUUAUCAUCAGUUGGAAAAUCCAGAGCUCAAAAUGCCACCACUGACCCUUCUGAAGUGAGAGCAUUGAUCUCAAUCUUCCAACAAUGGGACAUACAGGGGGUGGACUCCUGGAAUAUCAGCGGCGAACCAUGCACCGGACCUGCUCUGAGCCAAGAUAUUGACGUUUUCUCAGAUCCUUCCAACAAUCCAUCCAUCACAUGCGAUUGCACCUUCAACAAUGCUACUACCUGUCAUAUCACCAGACUGAGAGUGUAUGCACUGAACAGACAAAAGGUGUUAACGGAGGAGCUUUUGGCUUUCAAAUUCUUAACCUUACUGUGGAUCGAUCAAAAUUACUUAACCGGUCCCUUGCCCGCAUGGAUUGGGAAUUUAUCUACAUUGCGGGUGUUGGCUCUUGCCCAAAAUGCAUUAUCUGGGCCCAUUCCUAAGGAGCUUGGAAAUCUUAAGGAGCUAACUGUGCUAUCAAUUGCUUUAAAUAAUUUCUCUGGAAGGCUCCCACCAGAACUUGGUAAUUUAGUCAAACUUGAACAACUUUACAUUAGCAGCUGUGGAGUUGAUGGUGAAAUUCCCUCAACAUUUGUUAACCUAGUAAACAUGCAAACCAUGUGGGCAUCAGACAAUUCUUUCACAGGCAAGAUACCUUAUUUCAUUGGCAACUGGAAAAAGCUUACAUCACUGAGAUUUGAAGGGAACUCCUUCGAAGGUCCUAUACCAUCCAGUUUUUCUAAAUUAACCUCUCUAAAUUCUCUGCGAAUCAAUGGUUUAUCCAAUGUGAGCUCUUCUCUUGAUUUCGUUAGAAAUUUAAAGAAUUUAACUGACUUAAUUUUAAGAAAUGCACUAAUUACUGGUAGUAUUCCAUCUGAUAUUGGAGAACUCCAAUCUUUACAAAAACUGGAUUUGAGUUUCAAUAACUUGACAGGCCAAAUUCCAAGUGCUUUGUUCAACAUAAGUCCUCUUACAUACUUGUUUCUUGGAAAUAAUAGUCUGUCUGGUACCAUCCCUAGCCAAAAGAGUGAAAACCUAAUGAAUAUAGAUUUAUCUUACAAUUUUCUCUCUGGAAGCUUUCCCUCAUGGGUGGACGCAAACAUACAACUGAAUCUAGUAGCCAACAACUUCACGUUUAGCAGGUCAAACAUAAGUCUCUUACCAGGACUGCAUUGCCUUCAAAGAAGCUUCCAGUGCAACAGGAACUCUCCACACUAUACAAAAUUCUCAAUCAAGUGUGGUGGCCCAGAGAUGACUGCUGAUGGCAUAAAAUAUGAGGCUGAAAACUCGUCUCUUGGCACAGCAUCAUUUAAUGUAAUCAGUACUGAGAAAUGGGCAGUUAGCAAUGUAGGUUUGUUUUCCGACAGAAAGAAUAUAACCUAUGUGCAAAACACCUCAGCACAAGUGAGAUACACAAACUCGCCGGAGCUUUUUCAAUCUUCGAGGAUAUCCCCUGGAUCACUCAGAUACUAUGGCCUAGGCCUAGAGAAUGGACCUUAUACAGUUAAGUUGCUUUUUGCAGAAACAGCUUUUGAUGAUCGAAGCACACAAACUUGGAAGAGUCUGGGAAGGCGAAUUUUCGACAUUUAUAUUCAGGGAACCAUCGUAUUGAAGGAUUUUGACAUAUCAAAAGCAGCAGGUGGGGUUGAAAGAGCAAUCACAAAGAAUUUCAAUGCUAUCGUGACAGAGAACUAUCUUGAAAUUCACCUAUUCUGGGCUGGUAAAGGAACAUGCUGCAUACCAGAACGUGGUUACUAUGGAUCAUCCAUUUCAGCAAUCAAUGUGGUAUCAAAUUUCACACCGGCAAAAGAGAAUUGGACUGGGAUGAUUGUUGGUGUUUCAGUUCCUGUCGGGGUUGUCACCUUAACCUUGAUAUUGACAUUUGUAGCCUUCUACUUGAGAUGGAGAAAAGAUGAUGAUGAGGAAGAGCUUCUUGGAAUAGGACCCAGACCAGACACCUUUAGUUAUAUUGAGUUGAGAGUUGCAACAGAUGACUUCAGUCCCUCAAAUAAGUUAGGAGAAGGGGGAUUUGGUCCAGUAUACAAGGGUAAACUUUAUGAUGGGCGGGUAGUAGCUGUGAAGCAGCUCUCAGUAGCAUCUCACCAAGGGAAGAGUCAAUUUGUUACUGAGAUUGCCACCAUAUCAGCGGUGCAACAUCGCAAUCUUGUUAAACUGUACGGAUGCUGCAUAGAAGGAAAGAGACGCCUCCUUGUUUAUGAGUAUCUUGAGAACAGAAGCCUAGACCAAGCACUCUUUGGAAAUAAAGACUUGCAUCUUGAUUGGCCAACCCGCUUCAGUAUCUGCCUGGCAACUGCUAGGGGACUAGCUUAUCUUCAUGAGGAAUCAAGGCUGAGGAUCGUACACAGGGACGUGAAGGCAAGUAACAUUUUGCUUGAUGCUGAGCUCUGUCCAAAAAUAUCUGACUUUGGAUUGGCAAAGCUAUAUGAUGACAAGAAAACACACAUAAGUACCCGUGUUGCAGGAACCAUUGGCUAUUUGGCACCAGAGUAUGCAAUGCGUGGCCACCUCACUGAGAAGGCAGAUGUAUUUGGCUUUGGUGUUGUUGCUUUGGAAAUCGUCAGUGGAAGACCAAACUCUGACAACAGCCAGGAGAUUGACAAGAUCUACCUUCUUGAAUGGGCAUGGACUCUGUAUGAAAGCAACCAAUGUCUUGGUCUGGUGGAUCCAACCCUAGUGGAUUUUGAUGAAAAUGAAGCUUUAAGAGUGAUAAGAGUGGGACUCCUGUGCACGCAAACAUCACCAAUGAUGCGACCAGCCAUGUCAAGGGUUAUAGCUAUGCUUGUUGGGGAUAUCGAAGUGAGCCCUGAUGCAUCAAAACCAAGUUAUUUAACUGACUUGGAUUUUAAGGACAUAACAGCCAGCAUCAAGGCUGAAAACACACCUUCUACUGGAUCUGAGCACAGUGAUAACAAGAACAAGAACAGUCUUAAUCCAGGGAUAGAGCUGGUGCCUUCUCCAUUAAACAUCACCGAAUUCAGUGACAUUAUUGCGGAAGGAAGGUGAGAGAUGUUUUUCCUUAAAAGCUCCAUUUUGUCACUUCUCCUGCUUUGCCUUCUGCCACAUAUUUUCUAGCUCAAUAAAGUGGAUACUGAAAUUGUGUGAAUUUCUGUCAUUCGAAUCCUUUAUGUCUUGAUCAUUUCUCUGUAUGUAAACUGAACGAGAUAUCAAAAUAUUGGCACGCAAUAAGGCUGCAGUGUUUGUAACUCAUGGAUGUCAUUCCUAUCAUGUAGUAAUAUACUUCAAAGCUAGAG